CGAAACUAGCUAAUUGACAAAGCUCUAGUGACAAACAUGGCAUUACAAUCCAUGGGGAUGAGCAAAAUCCAAGAGCUUUACGAUGCGUGUGAUUGGAACUUCUCGUCGGGGAAAGAAGGGCUUCCUACACUCAAGCAGAUCAGAUGGCUGCAAGGGCUACUCGAUGCGAUGGAACCAGCGGAUGUGGGAAUCGACGCAACGAGAACUGAUGAAAGAUUGAUGGAGGAUGAGCCAAUUCCGAAGAGCCAAUACGGGCUUUUCUUAGCGCAAUCAGUAACGCAGGUUACGUACAUACACAUCCACGAGUGCGACGAUUUCUCGAUCGGGGUGUUCUGUUUCCCUGCUGGAGCUACAUUUCCUUUACAUGAUCAUCCAAACAUGGUAGUACUUAGCAAAGUACUGUAUGGUUCAGUUCAAUUGAAGUCCUAUGAUUGGGUUACAACACCAAAUUCAAGACCCAAAAAAAGCGGGCUAGCAAGAAUAGCGGCGGACGAUCGCGUCAUGGAAGCUCCGUGCAAGGCCUCAGUUUUGUUCCCAAGGAGCGGCGGAAACAUCCACUCCUUCACCGCGAUCACUCCGUGCGCCGUCUUGGACAUCUUGGCUCCACCAUACUCGGAUGAGCGAGAAAGACCUUCUACUUACUUUAACGAGAUUCCGAUACCUUCACUUCCUGGUUGUGCCAUCCUAGAAGAGACUGACCUGCCAGAAGAUUUUACCGUUGUCGGAGCACCGUACGUCGGCCCCGAACUCACCGUGGAGAUGGAGGAUUAUUAUUGAUAUCAUCUCCUUCUGUUUAUCUUGUGUAUUCUUUUAUCUAUACCUUUUUCUGUUUCUUUCUUUGUUUUUUGGUGUGGAAACUACAUAGAUUGUACAUGAAACUAGAACUCUCAUUUUUUUUUUUCAUGGGUGUAUGCUUAUAUGCAUGGACAUGGUCUCUAUAUGACUGUAAACUCUGUGAUCUGGUCACUAAUUUUGUUAAGAUAAUUAUCCUUACAGUAUAUGUGUGCAUCAAUAUUAUUCUUUUUCGUGCAUGUUACCUCUGUGGAGUUUUAUUUUGAAUGUAAUUCCUUUAAAAUUGCUUUGAUUUUUUUCUGGUUUAGGCCAUUUUUCUUGAAUUUCAAACUUUGUUUCAAAAUUCUCUUUCAUGAUUUGAACAAUUAUCUUAGCUUUUAAUAUGGAAACUACUUUGGUACCAUGUGGAACAUCUUCCCAAAAAAAAUCAUACAAGCACCAUCAUCAGAUUUUGCUUAGGAUACCAAUUCCAAAGGAAAAAAAAAUCAAAAUUUUCGUUAAAUUCCAGGUACGAAAUUAUUAAAAUUUAAACUAUAAGGAUGAAAUUAAAAUAGGAGUCAAACUUGGAGUAAAACUUGUAAUUUGCCCGAGCUAUAUAUCACUGGAACUAUGGUCUUCUAAAAUUGGGCCAUAAUUCCGGCCCACAAUAGUCCAAGGCCCGUUACUCUAAUUUUUGAAUCACGCGCGUGUCACGUGCCGUAC